AUGGCCUGGCGAGUAGAUGAUCGAUGGCUCUGGCUUGGGCUUGGCGCCAUCACUUUCAUCGCCGUCCGCGGCAUAAGCUACGCGCUCCAUGAAGUCGUCAGCCUCGUCGAAGUCAGCGAUGCCCCGCAAGAAGACCACGAAGUCGAGGAGGAUACGAGCACUGCAAUAAGCCUCGCCUCCCUCAAAGCCCUCGCAACCUGCGACAACGCCAACAUCCGCGACGCCGCCAUCAAAGUCGUCUGCGCCCGCAUCAUCGCCGACAAAGCCGCCCAAGACCUCAUAAUCUCCCAACUCUACAGCCCCGACACCCUAACCCGCGAGAUCGCCACCCGCGCCGCGCAUCUCAUCGACAAGCAGCUGCGCUCGCACGCCUGGCGGCUGCCUCCGCUGGCCCGCACCAGCACCCGCACCGUGACGCGGCGGUGGGUCGUCGAUGCCGAUGGGCGGUGGGUGGCUGAGCCCGGUGGGGAUGAGGGGCUGCGGCAGCCGCUUAGGGACGUGACUGCUGCUGGGUUCACGCGGAGUAGGUUUCGCGAGGAGAGUCCCGAGGAGCUGGCGUUGAGGCGGCGGAGGAGGGAGGUUAUGGUGUUGAAUGAGGGGGAUGGGCCGGUGGGGGAGGAGGAUAUUAUUCAGCCGAUUGAGGGAGAGAGCGGUGGGAGGCGGGAGUGGGAGGUUUUUGCUGAUGGAAGGGAGGUGGCUGUGGGCACGUAA